AUGCCUCUCCUCGAAGACAAACAACCCAAAAUCAUCAUCGCCGGAGCUGGAAUUGGCGGUCUCACCACCGCACUAUCCUUACACGCAGCAGGCUUCACAGAUAUCCACAUCUUCGAGGCUGCUUCAAACCUCACAACCCUAGGUGUGGGCAUCAAUGUUCAACCCUCAGCCGUCUUGAUCCUGAGGAACCUUGGUCUUUUACCUGCACUGAAAUCAACAGCCAUUGAAACCAAGGAACUGAACUUUUACAACCGCCAUGGAGAUUCCAUUUUGAGCGAACCCAGAGGCGAGAGUGCUGGUUACUCUGUACCUCAAUUCAGUAUCCAUCGUGGUGAAUUCCAGAUUUUGUUGUUGGAUGCUGUUAAAGAACGUGUUGGCGCUCAUCGCGUGCACCUAAGUCAUGCCUUAGCAAGUUUCGAGCAGGACGAGAGUCUGCAAGGAGAUAGUCCCUCUGGAACAAUCACAGCACGCUUUGUACGCAAGGGCGACUUGGCUCUGCAACCAGAGAUUCCAGAAAUGACGGGCGAUGUUUUGAUUGCAGCUGAUGGCAUCAACAGCGUGGCUCGCAAACUGCUAUACCCUGAUGAAGGUCCACCUCGUUUUUCUGGUCGUAUCCUCUGGCGUGGGUGUCACGAACAAGACCCUUACUUGACUGGAGCAUCAAUGGUUUGGGCAGGUCAUGCGGAUCAGAAAUUCAUCGCGUACCCUAUCUCAGGUACUUCGAUGCGCAAAGGCAAGAGUUUGGUGAACUGGAUCGCCGAGUUGCGUGUUCGUGACAAGGAUGAUCCGGAUCUUACUCCUCCUCCGGUAGACUGGACAAACACAGUGCCUAAGUCGAAGUUCGAAGGACCGUUCCAGGAGUGGCGUUGCGGUGGUUUGAGCAUGAAACAACUCAUCGACGACACAGAGAAGGUCUACGAGUUCCCCAUGAGCGACCGUGAUCCUGUGGACCGCUGGAGCUUUGGCAGACUGACGCUCUUGGGUGAUGCCGCACAUGCCAUGUACCCGAUUGGAAGCAACGGCGCGUCACAAGCCAUCAUUGACGCCGAAGCGCUCACCAACUGCCUGACCAACAACCCCCGAAACAUAUCUCUGGCUCUCGAACAAUACCAAGCUAUCCGUCUGCCACCAACCGCCAAGAUCGUCAUGGCGAACAGAGCCAACGGCCCCGAUCAUGUUCUCCAGCUCGCUCACGAACGUGCUCCUGAUGGGUUCAAGGAUAUCUAUGAUGUGAUUCCCAAAGAGGAGUUGGAAGGUGUGGGCAAGCAAUACAAGUUGAUUGCUGGCUUUGAGAUGGAUGCUGUGAACAGAAAGGCGCAAGAGACGGAAGGAGUGGCCGAGAAGGCAGGGCUGAAGAGUCCCGUCAAGUGGACUGUGACUGGCAAGAGCGGAUGA